UAAGCAUUGAAUCUAGUGAUGCAAAAUACUUUACAUUGAUUGAUUCAUUGUUGCAACAAUGGUUAAAUUCAUGGCUCUCAGUCUAUUUGCGACGGUCCUUUUGCUUACUAUUGGAGUGGAGUCUUUCCCUUUAAUGAAUUUGUAUGGCUAUGUACACAAAGAUUUUAAUACUCAUUUGUAUACAUACAAUGCAUCUAUAAUUGGUUAUGCUGUUCGAGGGAGAACAGGCUUGAGAAACUACAUGUCAGAAGGAAUUAUUUGUCUUUUGGACUCAGAUAAUUCUGGAAAACCUUUCCAUCAUUAUGAAAAUAAAGAGAACUGGCUUGAAAAUUUGUACACAACCAAUACAAGUGAAGUUAUUGGAAAGAACUAUGAGCAUAAAGGAAUUGUUGGGUAUUGCUAUCCCUCUCAAGAGCCACACACUGUUCCUCUUUAUCGGUACAAAAAGAAAAUAGAAAUGUCAGCUGGCCUAAAUGACAUCACUGAUCACUAUUACACUACAGAUCCUAAUAAGAUUGGUCUUGUAACUCCUGGCACUACUGGAAACAAUGGAUACACUUAUGAAGGAGUUGCCUGCUUUGUGUACAAUGUCAAGUAUCAUACUUAAGACUUAAUUGUGAGAACUUUUUUGUAAUGCAUGUGGUCUUUGCAUUUUAUAUUAUCAAAAAAAUUUUUUUAGCUGCUUGAAUAUUAUUUCCAUAUUUA